AUGAUUGGGUAUGUGCUUGGCCAGCACAAACUUACUCAUGAUGACAUUGGCAUCGACACAUUGCAUACUAUGGCAGAAUCUUUACACCAAAACCGCAACAAAUUCGUCAACUCCAGAAGCCCAUCUGUGGCACAAUGCAGUCAGAAGACCCUGGCCGCCCGACGACGCAUGCCAAGUAUACGGUGGGUGGUAAGUAUUGGAGAAUGUGACAUGACCUUUGGAUGA